AUGGCCGGCUUCGGUGGAGAUGCCUGUGGAGAAAGAAGCUGUCCGAACGAAUGCAAGGGAGUGGGCCAAUGCGUGGACGGCCUCUGCGUUUGUGAUGAAGGCUACAUUGGCGAGGAUUGCUCGGAAGUCUCGCCACCGGAAGACCUGACCGUCACAGAUGUAACCACAGAGGAGGUGAACCUCACGUGGAAGAACGAGAUGCUGGUGACGGAGUAUUUAGUCACGUACAUCCCGACUUCACCAGGCGGCCUGCAGAUGGACUUCCGAGUGCCUGGAGACCGGACGUCUGCUACCGUCUCUGAGCUGGAGCCUGGGAUCGAGUACCUGAUCAACGUUUAUGCCGUCCUCAACAACAAAAAGAGCAUUCCAGUCAGUGCCAGAGUGGCCACACAUCUACCGCAGCCUGAGGGCCUGAAGUUUAAGUCCAUCACUGAUACGUCUGUGGAGGUUUUGUGGGACCAGCUGAACAUUCCUUUUGACGGCUGGGAGCUCAACUUUCGUAACACGAAGGAAGAAAAUGGGAAGAUCGUGAACAACCUGACACCUUCCCAGACCAACUUUGAGCAAUCAGGACUCGGGCCGGGACAGGAAUACAAAGUCACUUUGUCCGUCGUAAAGAACAACACCAGAGGACCCGAAAUAAGCUCGACUGUAGUUACAAGAAUCGAUUCUCCAGGACAGGUUGGUGUUAGCGAUGUGACUGACAGGUCAGCAGUGAUCUCCUGGUCCAGGCCUGUGUCUCAGGUGGACGGGUUCAGGGUUUCGUACGGGCCAAGCACAGACCCGUUAGUCCAUCGUGAUGUCGACCUCUCGGCCAAAGACACGCAGUACAGCCUGGAAGACCUGAAACCCGACACUGAAUACAGAGCGUCUCUCAGUUCUAGAAGGGGAGAUUUGACCAGCGAGCCCAUCUCUGAAAGCUUCACCACAGGCCUGGAUGCCCCCAGUGACCUUAAAGCUGUUGAUCAGACUGACAACAGCAUCACAUUGGAAUGGAAAAACAGCCGUUCAUCCAUCGACGGAUACCGGAUCAAGUACGGACCGAUCGCAGGAGGUGCUCACGGUGAAGACAUGUUCCCUAGAAGAGCAGGAGACACGACAUGGGCCACAAUUACAGGCCUGAAGCCUGGAACGGAGUACGGCAUUGGAGUCACAGCCGUUCAGAAUGAGAGAGAGAGUGUGCCGGCCACCACCAAUGCACUGACCGAUCUGGAUCCACCUCGAGACCUGGAAGUGCGAGACUCCUCUGAAAGCACUCUGGAUCUGGUCUGGAAGAGACCCCGGGCCAAGAUCUCCACCUACAGGCUAGCGUUUGUGUCUGCCGACGGGCGACGUGAAGAGCUGGAGCUGCCUGCGACUGCCACCACACACACGCUGACCGGCCUGACCCCCGGCAUGCGCUACACCGUCACCCUGGUGUCAGAACGUGCACGGAGAAGAAGUGCUCCAGCCACUGUGACCGCAUCCACAGAGGAGCAGAAGCCGCAGAUUGGCAGUCUGAGUGUGUCUGAUGUAUCUUGGGAUAGUUUCAAUGUGUCCUGGAUCAUUGAGGAUGGCCUUGCCUUUGACAGUUUUGUGAUUGAAGUGGCAAAUUCAGCAGGUGGUCCAGAAACACAGAGCCUUUCUGUAUCUGGGGAUGCACGUAGUUUAUGGAUGUCUGGGCUCAGCCCCGACACGUCCUAUACAAUAACACUAUACGGAGUGCAUCAGGGCUCGAUCCUGGGGUCGAUCAACAUUGAAGCAGCGACAGAUAGCGCUCCAAUGGUUGGCAGUCUGUAUGUGUCUAAUAUUACAUCAGAGAGCUUCUCCAUUUCAUGGAAUGACACGAGCGGAGAUAUUGAGAGGUUUAUCCUGGAGAUUAUAGACUCUAGCUGGCAGCGGGAGCCAGUUGAAUAUAAUCUAACACACGGUACACAGUCAUAUGAAAUCACUGGGCUACAGCCGACUACUGACUAUAUAGCUUACCUCACUGGAGUUAUGAAGGGAAGGAGAACAGACUCCGUCAGUGCUGUCGCCUCCACAGCGGCCGAGCCUGACUUGUCUGGGCUAGUCGUUUCAAACAUUACCUCAGACACAGUUUCGCUCUCCUGGCGGACGGGAGAGAAGGCGUUUGAUAAUUUUAUAGUCGAGGUGAGAGAGUCUGCUUUGCCCUCGCAGGCGACGGGGCGCACCUUGCCCACAGGUGCCCGCUCCACAGUGCUGACUGGGCUCAGAGGAGACACGCGAUAUCAGAUCAAGCUGUAUGCCACCUCAGGUGGCGCCAACACGGCUGCCCUGACAACUGUAGUAACCACAGAGCCUAAGCCUAAAUUGGGCACCGUUGUGGUGUCUGAAACCCUCCCGAAUAGCUUGGCGCUGUCCUGGAGCACACCGUCAGGCCACUUUGAUGGCUUUGCUGCUCGUAUCACUGACCGUGAGCAGCUGUAUGAUGUUGUAGAGCUCAGGCUAUCAGGAUCAGAGAGGAACGUUACCGUGAUGGGUCUUAUGGACUCUACGGUCUAUGACAUAGUGUUUUAUGGUCUGUCUCGUGGCCGUCAAACUCCAUCAGUUUCCUUCAAUACCAGUACAGCGUCAUUACCUAAAGUGGGAAACCUCACCGUUUCGGAUAUUACCCCAUUCGGAUUUCUGGUGUCCUGGGAAGCAGAUUCUUCUGAGGGCUUCAGCCAUUUUCAGGUAAAGGUGUCGGACUCUGGCCUGCUGCUGGAGCCACAAGAGUUCGUAGUGCCGGGAAACCAGACCUCUCUGGAUGUUUUGGGCCUGAUUACUGGCAUUGGCUAUGAGGUCAGUGUGACCGGGGUGUCAGGGGAUGGGUUACAGUCUCGUCCAAUCACCACAGUGGCUGUUACAGAGGCAGAACCAGAGAUUGAGCACCUUUUCGUGUCGGACGUCACCCCUGAGAGUUUCCGGCUGGCCUGGACGGCAGAAGACGACGUUUUUGAUCGAUUUGUGCUCAAAGUUAGAGAUUCGAGAAAGCUCUCCCACCCUCGAGAGUUCGUUCUGCCGGGGGAUGAAAGAACCAAAGUGUUAACGCAGCUUUUGGGGGGAACCGAGUAUGAAAUUGAGCUUUACGGUGUCACGUUGGAACAUCGCUCCCAACCCAUUACUGCGGUUGCCAGAACAGGCCUAGGAGUUCUACGAGACCUUCGUUUCUCUGACGUCACGGACACAUCAGCCGUGGUUUACUGGACUGUACCGCGUUCCCAACCGGACUCCUUCAGGAUCACUUACUUCCCAGUCCAAGGAGGUAAACCCAUGGUCGUGAUGGUGGACGGGUCACAAUCUCAGGUUUCGCUCAUAAAUCUGAGUCCUGGAGAGAUGUAUCAGGUGUCAGUAAUCGCAGUGAAAGGUCUGGAGGAGAGCGAACCAGUGUCUGACACUUUUACCACAGGCGUGGAUGCGCCCCGCAGCCUGACUGCCGUCAAUGUCACUGACGCGAGUGCGCUGUUGCUCUGGCAGCCUGCAGUUGCGACUGUGGAUGGAUACGUCAUCACAUACAGCGCAGACACUGUCCCCGCGAUAUCAGAGCAGGUUUCUGGCAACACGGUGGAGUUUGAGAUGACUUCACUCGCUCCAGCAACUGAAUACACAGUCAAUGUUCAUGCCAUAAGAAACCGAGAGAAAAGUGCUCCAGCGACCACAGACUUCACAACAGCUGUGGAUGCUCCGCGUGAUUUGGUUGCCAGCAAUAUUCAGACAGAAAGCGCUGUGCUCUCCUGGAAGCCUCCCCGGGCCGCCAUCAGCAGCUACAUACUGACCUUUCAAACAUCUGACGGGGAUGUCGGGGAAUUGAAUCUAGACCCAUCUGUCACCUCACACCAUCUGUCGAAUCUGAGAAGCAGCACCGAAUACACCGUCAGACUGCAGGCCGUCUCGGAGGACCAGAGGAGCAACAGCAUCAGCACGGUCUUCACCACUGCUGGCACGCUCUACAGAAAAGCCAAGGACUGCUCAGAAGCUCUGCUGAACGGAGAGACGUCUUCCGGUCCGUACACGAUUUACAUAACCGGAGAUGAGAAACAACCGGUCCAGGUGUACUGCGACUUGACCACCGACGGCGGCGGCUGGAUGGUGUUCCUACGGCGUCAGAGCGGCAAGGUCGAUUUCUACAGGAACUGGAGGAACUACUCUGCAGGAUUCGGUGACACGAACGAUGAGUUUUGGCUCGGACUGUUGAAUCUUCACAAAAUCACAACGGCUGGUCAGUAUGAGUUACGUGUGGACCUGCGUGAUGGACCGGAGACUGUGUUUGCUGUUUACGAUAAAUUUUACAUCUCAGACUCUCGUUCUCGCUACAAGAUCCAGAUUGGUGCAUACAGUGGUACCGCAGGCGAUUCCUUGUCGUAUCACCAGAACAGACCCUUCUCCACAUAUGACAAUGACAAUGACAUUGCCGUCACCAACUGCGCCCUCUCCUACAAGGGAGCGUUUUGGUAUAAAAACUGCCAUCGAGUGAAUCUGAUGGGGAAAUAUGGAGACAGCAGUCACAGCAAAGGCAUCAAUUGGUUCCACUGGAAAGGUCAUGAGCAUUCGAUUCCAUUUGCGGAGAUGAAGAUCCGGCCAGUAAAUUUCAGAAACUUGGAAGGCAGACGGAAAAGAUCAUAAGACUUCAAAUGUCCAUCUCUCUUUUAUCUCCAAAAACCCACACAGUCAAAAGCAUGAUACAACCCCUGAGUGAAAAUUUGCCAGUGAUACAAACUUUGUCUUUCGCCUCAAUGUUAUUGGAUGCCACAGAAUAUUGUUUCGUCAAUCCUUUUUAUAUGUUAUAAAAGGCUGCAUGAUUAUUGGGGAGUUUGACAUGACACAUGAAAUGUGACAUCUUCACUGUACAAAAUCUUCAAAAACAGAUCUAUAAGAAUACUACUAUGAGAAUAAGUCUCCACUAUUAUAAUGAUUAAUGCAGGUUAGAUUAGCUUUAUUAGCUCCAGUGAUGUCAUUUCCUCAACUGAAUCAUUACCACACUCAGGUCUGACACAGCCAGGAUGGUGCAAAUAAGUGUGUUCAUUUUUUCACCUUUUAAAAGUUAGCAAAUGUUAAUGUGAUUUUUUUUUCCUGAAAAGUUUGUAGAAGCCAGUUUGCUUUUUGAUUGAUUAUUGAUCAUUUGUUUUGUUUUAAAUUUAUUUUUAUAAUGCCCCCCCCCUAGAGUCCUAAAUGUCUAUAAACCCUCAAUGCAGAACUGUCAAUUUAACUGUAUCCUUGAAUGUCUAAAAUUGAUGGAAACAAAAUAGGAAAUAAAAAUAUAAUUUGAAAUGUU